AAUCUUAUUAACGUGGAUUUAGCACUUAAAUCCUACAAGUACCCAGAUAUGGUUUCUGUGCGAUUUUCUUGAAUAUACAUGAAAUAGCAAGAAUGGGGGACUCUGUCUCUGCCACUUUGUUCUCUCCCUCUUCCCUCUUGUGCAAUGAAGACGAAGUUUUCUUGAGUGAAGAGUUCUUGGGCGAGGUAAAAACCUGCAUGGACUUAGACUCAUGUUUUGUUUCAGAGAACGAAGAUGAGUAUAUCAAGAACUUGGUUCAGAGAGAGACUGCUAUUGGUUUUGGAUCCAAAAGCUGUGUAUCAUCCUCGUGUGAUUGCUCAAGCACAAGCCGAAGCUGGUUGAAGGGUGCUCGCUUGGAUGCCAUUGAGUGGAUUUUCAAUGCUCGGGCAAUCUUUGGUUUCCAAUUCCAUACAGCUUAUGUAUGCGUGACUUACUUUGAUCGCUUUCUUUCAGCGCGAUACAUUGAUGGUGAGAAACUUUGGACUAUUCGAUUGUUAUCCGUGGCAUGUUUGUCUUUGGCAGCGAAGAUGGAGGAGUGUAAAGUGCCGGCCCUAUCGGAAUAUCGGAUGGAAGAAAUCAAUUUUGAGAACAGGAUGAUUAAGAAAAUGGAGCUAUUGGUCAUGAAAACUUUGAACUGGAAAUUGGGGUCAAUAACUCCUUUUGCUUAUCUGCAUUAUUUCAUCAAUAAAUUCUGUGGUAAAUCUAGACCGAAAGGAUUGGUCUCUAGAGCUGUGGAACUUAUUGUGGCCAUCACAAGAGAGAUCAAUUUAAUGGAUCAUCGUCCUUCUGCCAUAGCUGCAGCAGCAGUCUUAGUAUCAAUUGAUGAUCAAUUCACCAAGAAAGAAUUGGAGCUCAAGAUGAGUGUAUUCUCAUUGUGGGGGUAUCUAGAAAAUGAACAUAUAUUUGCCUGUUACAAUAUAAUGCAGAACAUAGAGAUGGGAAAAGUGAAGACACCCAAGUCAGUAGUUUCCCAGAAUUUAUCAUCAAUGCCUUCAAGCUCAAUUGAUGUUAUUGAGAAUCCUUCUUCGACCAUUGCUGCUGGAGCAAAGAGAAGACUUACUUUCACAGACAGUGAUAGAACUUGCCCAGUAAAGAGAAGCCACCGGGCAUAGUUAGCAGAAAUUUGAUCUUCAUAGCAGAGAUUUAUUUGUGUUUAUUAAAUGCAUUAUAGGGUCUUUUUGACUGAGAGUUGAUUCUUGAUAUUAGAUUGGUUUAUAGGUUUCAUGAGUGUCAUCUACCAUCAAUCCCAUGGUAUGACUUGGAGCUGAUGAUUGGGAUUCCAUUUUCAAAAACCCAACAAAAGCUUCAGCCAGUGACAACCAAGAAGAUAGAGAAAAGCGAAAGUAAAUAAAUAAAAAGAGAUAGCUUUAGCCUACAGUAAGAAGUAAGAAACUGACUGAGUGUUCAAAAGGCAUCAAGGAUGAAGUGAAGGCCAAGAGAGUGCCAGGAGGCCAUUGAAGACUGUUUGUCUAUAGUGAUUCUUAGUAGUGUUUGCUUUCUUGAAUGUUACCACUUUCUUACCCACUUUUUCAAUUUUUUGUAUUUCUUUUUUUUUUCCUCCCUUUUUUGUCAUAUGACAGGAAAUACUUAUUUUUGCAUACAUCACUUGCCACUAUACCUUUUGAUGAGGGGCUUGGGAUGCUCCCUAUGUCUUUCAAAAGGCUGAAAGCCAUAAGG